AUUGUCAACACAUGGUUUGUUUAUAAGUCAGUAUUUCGAAUUUCGUGUGGCAAUGUGGAUAAUCUAUGCUUUGGUGGUGCAUAUAUUGCUACUAGGAUCUAUAUUCGUUAUAUAUUUUCGGUCACCCGUCAUAGAGGGACUGGAACCACAGCCUAGGCUGAAAGGCGAGCCGCCUGCCGACCGCCUAGUGCUAAUAGUCACUGAUGGGCUGCGGGCAGAAUCAUUCUUUGCAGACAAUUGCAAUCAUGUGCCACAUCUGCGCGAGAUAUUUGUGAACGAGGGAAUAGUUGGCAUUUCGCGCACUCGCGUCCCAACGGAGUCACGCCCCGGACAUAUUGCGCUUAUCGCCGGUCUGUACGAGGACCCAUCGGCAGUAACCCGGGGCUGGAAGGAAAACCCCAUUGAAUUCGAUACGUUGUUUAACCGAAGUGAUCACACAUACGCUUGGGGUGCUCAUGAUGUGCUGCAUAUAUUUGAAAAGUUGGCUGAUAGCGGCCGGCCAAUGUAUUUUGACUCCUACAAUCAUGAUCUAGACUUCUCAGGCGGGAUGACCUAUAAGCAGGACGAGUGGGUGUUUGAAAGGGUGCGCUUGCUGUUGAAUCGCAAACAAGAAGAGUUACGAAAGGCUAAGCGGGUAGUGUUCUUUUUGCAUUUGCUGGGUCUAGAUACCGCCGGACAUGUACAUAAACCGGGUACACGUCUUUUCCUCGAAAACCUCAACUAUACAGAGCAUGAAAUAUGGAAAAUUUAUAAGGAAUUCGAAAAGACUUUUCCAGAUCAACGGACAGCUUAUUUGCUGACAUCAGAUCACGGCAUGACAAAUUCAGGAUCCCACGGCGCUGGAGAUCAGUACGAAACAGAUACACCGUUUAUGCUCUGGGGAGCUGGCGUGGCCCACAGCGUUUAUGCUGGUAUCACAUUUGAAGCAAAUGAUGAGGGCCUGGCAUUGCCACUGCGCGAAGUGGAACAGGCCCAGCUAACCCCAUUAAUGUCGGCUUUAAUUGGACUCCCACCGCCAAUGAACAAUUUUGGUCGAUUGCCGCUUGGCUUUCUGGGCACGGAUGCCAAGUAUGAAGCCAUGGCAGCUCGCGCCAAUGCAUUGCAGCUGUUGGCCCAAUAUGUUCGCUUGCAGAAGCAGCACAUGCGUGGCCUGUUUGCCCCAGUCUUGAAUAGCUUCCACGAGUUGACUUCGGAACGAAUCGCCGAAUAUGUGGGCUAUAUUAGUACGUCGUUUAAGCUGAACCAAUUCGAUGAAUCGUUGGCAAACAGUGCUGUCGUAAUGCAGUUGGCCCUAGAAGGAAUCGAUUACUAUCAGGGAUAUUAUUGCAACGUUAUGCUACUGUCAACAACGGCCACAAUUUUGGGUUGGAUGUUUUAUUUAUAUCGACUGUUAACUCAAGAUGCUGAACCCCAAAAAAUGGAUUCACAUAAGAAUGAUCACACAUCCAAGAUCACCGUUUGUCUAUGGAUCGCAGUUGCACUGCUGAUUGGCUUCGUUGUGGUUCAACGUGUUCCGCUCGCCGUGAGUUUUUAUUUGCUGCUGCCUCUGCCCGUCUGGAUAUUCGCACUGCGGCAAGUUCCAAGCAGCAAUGAGGACCUCAUCAAUCUUCCGGCCUACAACCAGCCGGCAGUUGCAACUCCCACGAAGGCCUCCAUAAUGCAGUUGCUAUUACUUAUUGGCUGCGCUGAGCUGCUGGUCUUUACCUUUUUCGAGCGACGCCUGAUUUCGCUCUGCUUUGUUGCGUUUGCUCUCUAUAGCAAUUGGGAUACAUUUAAAACGAAACGAUCGUUCUACCUAUGGCUGCUGCUAGUCGCUGCACUGGCUUGCUUCCCACUAGUUCCACCGUCCGUGGGAUACCAGAAUUGUUCCCUGUUGCUGGCUGGUAUUCUACUCUUACUGUUUCGCCAAUUCUUAAGCAGGGUGCAAGAUAACUUCAAGUGGCACGGCAGGUGGUGCAAUACAGCUAUUUUGAUAAACACGGCUGUGUGCGUGCAUCUGCGUAACCAGCAGACAGCAGCGCCGCUGCCAUUGAAUAUACUCAGCUGGCUCUAUCUGGCGUAUGCAUUUGCCUCCAUACUCCUCAGCAAGGAGACUGCUUUGGAGGUGCGACUGCAACACAUUUGCUACAAUCUGGGAACACUGUACACGAUGAUGUGCACGUCGUAUGAAUCCUUAUUCGUUCAGCUGCUGGCCAUCGAACUAACAACGUCACUUGCAGAGCAGCGUGCGCAAGUCGAGCCACUGCAGCAUCAGCAAAAGAGCCUGCAGUCAUCUCUACGCAUAGCCUUUACGUUAAUACUGUACACAUUCUUCUCGCUCUUUGGCAGCGGAAACAUUGCAUCAAUCAGUUCAUUCGACCCGAACAUCUCCCGCUGCUUUCUUAGCCACUUUGCACCGUUUGUCAUCAUGUCGCUGGUGCUGCUCAAGCUCCUCUUGCCGAUUGUAACCAAUAUAUCUAUUGUUUACACGUACAGCGAGUAUGCGCGGCUGCACGAACGGCAAAUCUUCAUCUGUCUGUUGCUCAUCUGCGAUGUCAUGGGCUUGAAUUUCCUGUUUUUGGUGCGUAAUACCGGCUCCUGGAUGGAAAUAGGCUCUUCCAUAUCGCAUUUCGUAAUCAUGGAGGUGACUACGCUAGUUCUGGUGCUUUUGGCUUACGUGUCGAAGCUCCUCCUUCAACUGACGUGCAGCGAUCGUGUUUUGUCCAAACGGAACUAAAUCCGAGCCAAAGCCAACAAUAUUUAAAUUACUGUC